ACGAAGGUGAUAACAAGAAACACAAGCAAUGAAAUCUCCAACAAUCAAAACCCUGAUUAUUUCUGUUUUUCUCUUUACAAUCCCAACAUCAUUGGCAUCACCACCAACAGUUGACAACGUUUUCAAACAAUGCCUCAUCGAUUUUAAACCCUCAAAUCCGAAUUCCCCUAUUCAAAACUUCACAUACACUCCACAAAACCCUAAGUUCCUCACAAUCCUAAACAACUACGUCCGUAACCUCCGUUACUUCAACAACACGACACGUAAACCUAUCACUAUUGUAGCUGCCGCCGAUGUCACUCACAUCCAGGCUACGAUCACCUGCUCCAAGAAACUUGGCCUUCAGCUCCGGAUCCGCAGUGGAGGCCAUGACUAUGACGGGUUGUCAUACUUAUCAACAGUAGAUUUCGUUGUCCUAGACAUGUUCAACCUCCGGUCUAUCGAGUUCGAUCCUAAAGUUGAAACGGCGUGGGUCCAAUCCGGUGCUACGCUUGGAGAGAUCUACUACGGAGUGGCCAACAAAAGCAAUGAUCACCGUGGAUUUCCCGCCGGAAUCUGCCCCGGGUUAGGCGCUGGUGGACAUUUUAGCGGCGGUGGUUACGGGAACAUGAUGAGAAAAUACGGUUUAUCGAUCGAUAACAUUAUAGACGCUAAGAUCGUUGAUGCCAAGGGGAGAGUCUUGGACCGGAGCUCAAUGGGAGAAGAUCUUUUCUGGGCCUUACGUGGAGGUGGAGCGGCUAGUUUCUGUGUUGUCUUAGCCUGGAAGAUCAAGCUUGUUCCGGUUCCAGAGAAGGUCACGGUCUUUAACGUAGAAACCGUCGGAAAUAGAGGUGGCGUGAACACCACGGAACUUGUAGUGAAGUGGCAAGAGAUCGCAGACAAGAUCGACCAUAGUCUGUUCAUUAGGUUAACUUUAAGCACAAGCAACAAAACUGUGAAGGCUUCGUUCAUGGGAAUGUUCCUCGGAGAUUCGUCUAGGCUUCUAGGAAUCAUGAACAAGGAGUUCCCGGAGCUUGGUCUGAACAAAACAGAAUGUAUUGAAAUGAAAUGGAUUGAAUCGGUUUUGUUCUGGCUCAGUAUCCCACCCGGUACAGCACCAACAUCGGUUAUGCUAAACCGGAUCCCGCAAAAGCAAAUCUAUCUCAAGAGAAAAUCUGAUUACGUCCAAAAGCCGAUAUCAAGAACCGGUUUAGAUGCGAUAUUCAAGGUUCUGUUAGAGAACGAGAACGUGACAAUGGCUUGGAACCCGUACGGAGGGAGGAUGAGCGAGAUUCCAUCGACCGAGACAGCGUUUCCUCAUCGAGCAGGCAACAUGUUCAAGAUCCAGUACGCGGCAAACUGGUUCGUGCCAGGGGAAGAAGUGGCUAACGAAUGCUUGAGCCAGACGGAGAGAGUUUUCGAAGCAAUGGGGCCUUACGUGUCAAAGAACCCAAGAGAGGCGUUUUUGAACUAUAGAGACGUGGACAUUGGCACGAGCUUGAAUUCAACGUACGAGGAAGGGAAAGUGUAUGGGAUGAAGUAUUUUAAGAAUAACUUCGAGAGAUUGGUUAGUGUGAAGGGUAGAGUUGAUCCCGACAACUUUUUCCGGUACGAGCAGAGCAUUCCUGUUCCCUCGAGCCACUAGGUUCUAGAGAG